UAGAGGCUGCAGUGCCGCUGUUCCACAGUUACCACAUAGAGGGAGCUCAUGCGUGUGGAUAAACCAAAGCAUGGAAACGCUGAAUGAGUAAGUGUGUGUGUGUGUGUGUGUGUGCACAAGCAAGAGAAGAGAAGGGGAGAGGUGCAGUCAGUAGACGAAAUCACAUCUUUGGGGAGUAAUAAUGUCAAACAUAGCAGCAGAGGGAGUGAUCUGUGCGGGCCGUUUCACCAGACUAUUCUGUUUCGGACUAACUUCAGACAAGUCAGUGGGAAGCUGGUGACCCAGAGGAAGCCACGAGGGCAGCGCGACAAGUUCAGAGAGGGGAGAGGAGAAUAAAAAAAGAUUUUGGUCACUAUUUUUAAAUGGGAGAUUCGGAAAAGGGGGCGUGGACGCCAUUGGAGCGGCAGCAGCAGAAAGCGUGCUGGUUCUUGGCCGCGGCAGCUCCAGAAUACAGUGAAGUGCCGGCCGGAGGAGGAACUGGACAGAGCGUAGACUCGGCGGUUUAGACGCAGAUCCUCUGUAGGUUUUUUUUUUGUUUUUGUUUUGUUUUGUUUGUGUAUUAUUGAAGAAUCCCAUUCGGUUCAUUAGUGGAUUUAUAUCUCCUGUCGUAUGUUGUGGUCGACACAGAGAAAGGACUCGAGAAAGACAGUAGGAGCAGUUGAAGCAGUGCUUCGCCAUGCGUAACGGAUGAAAUCUGAUUUUACAGCAGUUUGAAUGACAGCAGUUGGAGACAUCUGACUGUUGAAGGGAGCCUUGUUGCGCACAACAAACCAAACUGGAGGAGAAGAAAUUAAUCUCUAAAUAAAACGAGUGGAAUUUGAAAGCGGUCCCGUAUGAAUGUAUUUCUGAAAACUGAAAAGUAGCUACAGCUGUUUUUGAUGGUUUUAACGUGCUAAUGCAAGCCUUUGGUAUGGAUUAUUCACAAAGUGUUUAAUCCAAUUCUUUACGCCCCUAGUCUCAACGUUAAAGCCACUGUAUGUCCCUGACUGAGAAUGCGUUUGAGACGCAGAACGGGAAAUUAAGGGCCACCUGAGUUUCCUUAAUACAGCCAAAAUGACAAGCAACGGACCUGUCAUUGUCUUCGAGUGGCUGAAGACUCUCCAGCUAUCCCAGUAUGUCGAGUCCUUCGUGGAUAACGGAUAUGAUGAUCUAGAAGUUUGCAAACAAAUAGGAGACCCUGACUUGGAUGCCAUCGGGGUCUACAUCCCUCACCACAGACAGAGGAUCCACGACGCGGUGAGAAGGUUGAAGGAGGAAGCCAAAGAGACGGCCAGCGGACUGUACUUCACCCUUGAGCCGAUGCCGACCGCGGCAGAGAUUUACACGGGUCACACGGUGGAGCAGGAGUCCAAGCUGCGGGGAUCCAGGUCCUGGACAGAGCCCGACCGAAUCGGGCGUAACGGGGGCUACAUUGGCACGCAAAGAAAUCUGACGCUGGGCAACAGGAGGGAGUUGGUGAUGUACCCUAAGUUGAAGCUGAAGAUCAUGAUCAGGGAUAAACUCAUCAGAGAUGGCAUCAAUCUUGCAAGACCGCCCUACUCUAAUAAGGAUGGUUCUCUGGGCAACAUAGAUGACCUUGCCCAGGAGUACUCUGAGUACUACAACACCUGCUUCAGUGACGUCAGUGACCGCAUGGAAGAGCUACGCAAACGCCAAGUCUCCCAAGAGCUUGACAUGGAGAAACAGGACCCAAGCAGCACCUCUCUCCAACUGCGCAGUGAGAUCCAGGAAUCUCUUGGCUUUAGCAGUGAGAUGUCCACUCCUGAAACAGACAGAAAAAUGCCUCUGCACAAGUCCAGCUCUGAAGAUGGAUCUGGAGGCAAAUGGGACAAUAAAAAGAAAAACAAAUCUUUUUGGCAGAACUUCCGCAAAUCUCAGCACAAACCUGUUACUCGACAGUCAUCCAAAGGAGAAGAUAUCGGCUAUGUGGCCAGCGAGAUCACUAUGAGCGACGAAGAGCGGAUUCAGCUGAUGAUGAUGGUGAAAGAGAAAAUGAUCACUGUAGAAGAAGCUCUGGCUCGGCUUAAGGAGUAUGAGCGCAGCAAACAGUCCAGCAGUACUGACACUGCAGAGUGGACUGACGGAUCUGCAGCCAAUCUAAACCAGUCCUCAAAUUGCAAUUCCCGUGAACAGUCGGAUGAUGAGCAAUCUGAGGACUCUGUGAAGUUCAAAAGGCUUCACAAACUGGUCAAUUCAACACGGCGAGUCAGGAAAAAGCUCAUCAAGGUUGAAGAGGGCAAAAAACAUUCUCCUGAAGAUUUUCUAAAUUUGGAAACACCCUGUUGUGAGGACAAGACAGCUCUGUACACAGGGGUUCUAAAAAAAAACCCUUUGCCUCAGGAGGCCUCCCUGCCCUCUCUUAUCCAUGACCAACUGUCUCUGGAUGGAGAUACAGACAGUUUGACAACAUCCCCUUCAUCCAGCAGCCUUGACACCUGGUCUGGACACAAGCUUGUAAAAACCUUUAGUAAGUGUUCCAGCACCCACGGCCUCAUCAAGCCUCCGAGGAGAACUGCAGCCGACUCGAGGGACUUGGGAGGCUCCAUCUCUGGUGUCGCAGGAAGUGGCUCUUCCUUUUCACAGCUCGAUGGAUGUGGGCUUGACGACGAGGAAAAGCUGUCACGCUCCACAACAGACAGCGAGAUGAGGAAGGCGCUGAGCUCCAUAUCUCACGGGGUAAGUAACAACGAAGCCCUUUACGCCUUCUAUGGCCUCACCAAACCUCGCCCCAAACCCCAUUCCCAGUCCCGUCUUCUGAUUUCCGUGGAUGACGGCCAGCAAGGCAGUCCCAAACAUCAAUCAUCCAGCCGCCACCAUGGUAGCUGGACCCACCGGAAACACGACCCCAACUAUGCUUACUCCACCAAGCACCUUCUGUACCAGCGCUCACGCAGUGCCAAGUCCCCCAUGUCACCCCUGUCUGUCAGCCCCUCCUCCCCUGUCCGCUGUGACGUAACAAAAUCAAAAGGUUUCGCAACCGGAGGAGGGGGCUGGGUGUUCCCUCCCCGGAGACUGCGAGGCCGAACUGCAGUCAGCGAGCUGAACAUCACCUACGUUGUAGAGCGAAGCCUGUAUGGUCACCUGAACUGGGCCCAGCUGGUGCGCCCAGUCACCCUCAGCCGCACUGAGCGUCGCUGUCUGCUCGAGGAGGACCGUGAGGUGGACAGGAAAUGGGCAGCCAGCGUGGACCGCUGCACCAAGCGUGUGCUGUUGCGCAUCCAGCAGAAGUCUAGAACAUGCAGCUUCGGGGGCUUCGACCUGUCCAAUCGUUCUCUCCAUGUGGUCAACACAGCCUCUGAGGCCAAUCAUAAGGAACAGGAGGCAAUAUACAGAGAAGUGGUGAAAUCUCCCAACACCACUCGGAUCUCCCUGGGCAAGAAAGUCAAGUCGGUGAAGGAGACGAUGAGAAAACGCAUGUCAAAGAAGUACAGCAGCUCGCUUUCUGAGCAGUCCAGUCCUGACGGAGCCCCUGGUUCCCCACAGUCUCCUCUGCCAGACACCGACUCCUUGGAGAAACCGAAACUGAAGGCCGGAGGCUCCGUGGAAAGCCUGCGCAGUUCACUCAGUGGCCAGAGUUCAAUGAGUGGUCAGACAGUGAGCACCACUGACUCAUCGGCCAGCAACAGAGAGAGCGUGAAGUCAGAGGAAGGAGACGACGAAGAGCCGCCUUACAGGGGACCCUUCUGCGGCCGUGCUCGAGUCCACGCAGACUUUACUCCCAGCCCCUAUGAUACCGACUCCCUUAAACUGAAGAGAGGGGAUGUGAUUGACAUUAUCAGUAAGCCCCCCAUGGGAACGUGGAUGGGUCUGCUCAACAACAAAGUGGGCACCUUCAAGUUCAUCUAUGUGGAUGUGCUGAGUGAGGAAGAAGAGAAGCCUAAAAGGCCCGUUAGAAGGAGGAGAAAGGGCCGACCACCCAAACCCACGUCAGUGGAGGAUUUACUGGAGCGGAUAAACCUCAAGGAGCACAUGCCCACUUUUUUGUUCAAUGGCUACGAAGACUUGGACACGUUCAAGCUGCUGGAAGAAGAAGACCUGGAUGAGCUGAACAUCAAAGAUCCUCAGCACAGAGCUGUGCUGCUUACAGCUGUGGAACUGCUGCAGGAGUAUGACAGCAGCAGUGAUCCAGAGCGCAGCGGAUUGUCGGGUUCCCAGGAGAAGCUGUUGUCGGAGACUCGAGGCCUUGUAGGGGACUCCCCGAGGGAUUCUGGGUGCUAUGAGAGCAAUGAAAAUCUGGAAAAUGGGAAAAACAGAAAAGCAUCCCGAUCCAGUCGCUCUUCAGCAGGAAUGCAGUCUCCUGACUAUCCUACACUGCCUAUGACACUUUCUACAGAGGCUCUGCAACAAAAUGGCAAAAACCAGCGUUCAAAGUUCCCUAAAAGCUUCUUCAUCAAACCCUCCCUGAAAGGUUUCAACUUGCUGGGACUCCGCAAACCCCACAGACGAUCCCCUAUCCCGGCUAGCCGCAGUUGUGAGGACCUUGAUGGUCCCGCGCAGCCAUCUGGGCUCUGGAAACGUUCUCACUCUCUGGGAGAUCUGCACCACCUCGAGCAGACCAAUGAUCUUAAUAUGGUGGUUAAAACACCAAAGCAGGUAGCCAACCCGGGCAGCAACAGUCCGGUCAAGGUCUACAGGGAGGAGCGUUCUGCAGUCCAAAAAGGAGUUACAGCAGUAAGUCCUAAAGGAAGGUCUAACAGACCACCCAUACCCUCCCAGCUUCCUCUCCGCUCCCAGUGUCCAACAGCCCAUUCUCCCAAACGUCCAGAGCCUCUUUCUAGUCCCACUCCAAGUCCUCCUGAUUCUAGUGCAAGUGGAGAGAGAAUCAUCCUGACACUUCCCAAAAAGCCUCCCAUUCCACCUCCUGUUCCCGCCAAAAAAUCCAGAGAAAGACUUGUCAAUGGAGUUCGUCACCCGUCUCUCUCCCUGCCCUCCUCCCCAUCCCCCACCGCCUCACCUACACACUCCCUUAAUCGUUCCCAACCGAGUAGCCCCUUAAUUCACGGCAUUAGCCCGAGCCCUGCUCUCAGCGCCCCAGCUCUCCCUGCCAAGACCCUCAGCCCUCCUGUCAGUCCAUGUGCCACCUUAUCUUCAUCGUCUAUAGGUGAAGAAUCAGGCUCCCCUCCAGCAGUGCAGCCUCCCUGGCUCUCAGAUCUUGGAGGUAAAAUGGCUGUGACAAGGAAGCUCUCCCACACCAAGAUGAUUCCUGAUCUGCACACCCUUCUGGAGCAACAGCUGCAGGCUGAAAGCAUCGAUCUGACUGAGGAGCCUUACUCUGACAAGCACGGCCGAUGUGGCAUUCCACAGGCGCUGAUCCAACGUUACUCCGAGGACUUGGAGCAGCCAGUCAAAGACGUGGCCUCCACCAUGGACCAGCUCAGGGUCAAAGAGCUACGAAAACAGCACCGUAUGGCUAUCCCCUCUGGAGGUUUGACGGAGAUGUCCCGGAAGCCCUUAACCUUGGGCAACAUCAGCACGGUCUCCAACUGGCUUGUCUCCAUUGGCCUGCCCAUGUACGCCCCAUCUCUGGCGGCAGCGGGCGUUGACACACUGAGGCGUGUGGCCUUGUUAACGGAGAGCACCCUGAGGGAGGCCGGGGUGCGGGACGAGAGGCACACCCGCCGCCUUAUCAGCGAGGCCCGACUGGUCAGUGUGCACAGAGGGAUACAGUCCUAAUCUCAGAGCCUACCCGCUGUUCAAACGAACCAGGAGGUAGACACACAAUUAAGUGAGCACAGCACUAAAGUAUACUCAAAAGAGCUAUCCCUUCUUUAAUGUUUACGGCGUUAAGAACCAAGAGAAGAUAUCAUAUGCCUUUCGAAAAAUAAAUGAAGACUGACUACUCUGUUGGAUUUCUUCCAUUCUAAGGACACCCCUAAAGUCUAUUUAAAGACUUGGAUUUGCCUUUAAGGAUGAUAGCACACUCUUUUUGUAAGAUUACAUUUUUUUUUUCCUUUUUUGCUAAUCUAUAUAAAUGGUUUACUUACUUCCUACAUAUUCCAUGGUUGAACCAUUUUUCAUCUGUUACAGCAAGGCAGGUCAAAGUCUAAAUGAACAGAACACACCAAACAGUGGAUUACAGGUGGCUUAUUUUGUAUCAUGUUUCUGUAUAAUAGCACAAAUUACAUCAUAAUUCCAAAAAUAAUCUACAUGUUAAAGUUUGUGUUUGCUUUUGGAAUGUUGCAGCCCUUUUACAGGUCCCUUUGCAGUCAUUUGGAAAAAAUAAAAACCCACGAUGUCUUUAUAUUUCAA